UUCUCCGAGGGGAACAUGAGCACAAUACAUAAGCUAAUCAGAACAGUGCUGGUUCUAUAUGCGGCUCGUCGACAAUCCCGACGCCAACUACUAUGCCUAUCCGCUGGAUCUCUGUGCUGAAGUGUCGGAGCAGCUUCAAGUAACGAAAGUCUAUCAACUACCCUCCUCGGCAAAUGACCGCACCCAUGAUACCCCCCAACCAUACGACUACCACAAGAUCCAGUCGCCUGCGGCCAGCGAGUACCACCCCAGUCUACGACCACCGCCGCGCACCACCACCAAACCCUAUCAGGUGGUGCAGCCCGAGGGCCCCUCGUUUGAGACUCACGGGAACCGCUUGACCUGGGAAAAGUGGAGCAUGCGGGUGGGGUUCAACUACCGCGAGGGACUGACCCUACAUGAUAUCCGCUAUGAUGGCCGAAGCCUCUUCUAUCGCCUAUCACUGGCGGAGAUGUUCGUGCCGUAUGGAGAUCCCCGCUCGCCGUACCCACGCAAAGCCGCCUUUGACCUUGGCAACGACGGUGCCGGGAUCAACGCCAACAAUCUGCGUCUAGGAUGUGACUGCCUCGGUGUAAUCAAGUAUUUCGACGGCUGGCACAACACCGGCGCCGGCGAGCCCCUCAAACUCCCGAACGUCAUCUGCUGCCACGAGCAGGACGACGGGAUUCUCUGGAAACACACAAACUUCCGCACGCAGAAUGCGGCCGUUACGCGCGCGCGAGUCUUGGUCUUGCAGACGAUCAUCACGGUCAGCAACUAUGAGUAUAUCUUCGCCUUCUACUUCGGUCAAGACGCCUCCAUCCACUAUGAAGUCCGCGCGACGGGCAUCCUAUCCACCUGCCCCAUCAACGUCGGCGAUCAAGUCCCGUACGGCACUGUCGUAGGGCCGGGGGUGCUCGCACCUUACCACCAACACCUGUUCUGCCUCCGCAUGGACCCGGCGUUAGACGGACCGAAAAACUCCCUCCAGGUCGAGGAAUCCGUCCCCAUGCCGGUGGGCGACCCGGCAGUUCACAAUCCGUUCGGCGUGGGAUACACCACCACGCGGAACAUCAUUUUGCAGGAGCAGGGACUCGAUCUCGACUUCGCCAAAAAUCGCACCUUCAAGAUCAUCAACGAAGAGCAGAUCAAUCCCGUCACCGGAACCCCCGUGGGGUUUAAACUGCUGCCGUAUUACAGCCAGAUGCUGCUGGCGCACCCGGAGUCCAACCACGCCAAACGCUCCGAGUUCGCGAAGCACGCGGUUUGGGUCACGCGCUACCAGGAUGACGAACUGUUCCCAUCGGGUCGACAUACCAUGCAGUCCGCUGGGGGGGAGGGCAUCGCGUCGGUUAUCGAACAGCGCCAGAAGGGGCCUCCCGCGCAAUCAUCUGUCCGCAACGAAGACAUCGUGGUCUGGCACACAUUUGGUUCCACACAUAACCCGCGGAUUGAAGACUGGCCUGUCAUGCCGUGUGAAAAGAUGUCCGUUGGCUUGAAGCCGCUGAACUUUUUCACGGGGAACCCUGGGUUGGAUGUCGCGUUGUCGACGCAAGAAACGAACCGGAGCGUUCUGUCUGCGAGUCCCCCCUCAGGUUGCUGUAAAUCGUGAUGCCUCCACAUGACCCAAUAGACGAUCAACUUAAAGACUCUG